AUGGUCAGCAGAGGGAACCAAAAGGACCGACAGAAAUUUUGUGGAGGCUUGGAUGAAUUGCACCUCCCUAACCCUGGCCCCUCAGACAAUGAGGUCAAGAAGUUCAAAAUUUCCGCAAGUGUAGCUGUGGGUGGAGAGCUUCCAGUGAACUGCUUCUCCAUCCGCUCAACCAUUGUGUCCCGCUAUGCCCACACCCAGGUUGUGUCUGUCAUGACCAACCCACACUCGGAGGCCCAGGAAGCCAUCUUUGACUUGGAUCUGCCCGGCCUGGCCUUCAUUUCCAACUUCACCGUGAACAUCAAUGGCAAAGUCUACACAGCUGAAGUCAAAGAGAAACACCAGGCUAAGAAAAUGUACGAGGAAGCAAGGAAACAAGGGCAGACCGCUGCCCAUGUGGCCAGCCAAGACGAUGAGGUCAAGAAGUUCAAAAUUUCCACAAGUGUAGCUGUAAGUGGAGAGGUAACAUUUGCCUUGACCUAUGAAGAAUUGCUCCCUCGCCUCCUGGGAAAACACCAGCACACUGUGAGUGUCAGACCCGGCCAAGUGGUACCAAAUCUCAGUGUGGAAGUGACUGUAUCAGAGAGGACAGGCAUUGACUACAUCCACGUGCUGCCCCUCAGAACCAGCCAGCUGCUGACCAAUGCUGUUAGAGGUGAGACUGACUUGCCAACGUCCACCAGGAUUGAAAAGAAGGAGACCUGCGCAUGGGUCACCUUCACACCAACACCAAGUGAACAGGCUGCCUACUCCAGCCAGGGCAUCAUGGGGGACUUUGUGAUUCAAUAUGAUGUGACUAUGAAGGACGUCAUUGGUGAUGUGCAGAUCUACGAUGGCUAUUUUGUUCACUAUUUUGCCCCCAGAGGCCUACCUCGUAUGCAGAAAAACAUCAUCUUCGUUAUCGAUGUUAGUGGCUCUAUGACUGGAACAAAACUGAAGCAGACUAAGAAGGCUAUGCCUGUGAUCCUGGGGGACCUGUACCCAGAGGACUAUUUCAACAUCGUGACCUUCUCUGACACUGUCCACAUCUGGAAGGCUGCUGGUUCCAUUCAGGACACACCCCCAAACAUACAAAGGGCCAAGGCCUACGUUGGCAGAAUGGAGGUGGGCAGAUGGACAGACAUGAAUGCAGCUCUCCUGGCAGCAGCCUCCAUACUGAACCAGAGCAUUGCAGGGCCCUCAGGAGAGGCUCGCCUGGUCAUCUUCCUCACGGAUGGGGAGCCCACAGCAGGAAUGACCUCACCUGCCCGCAUGCUCGCCAAUGCCCAGAGGGCCCUGGCUAGCCAGGCAGCCCUCUUUGGCCUAGCCUUAGGCGACGACGCCGACGUGCCCCUUCUAUGCCGCCUCUCGCUCGAGAACCGAGGCACAGUCUGCAGCAUCUGAGAGGACCAAGAUGCUGCCCUGCAGCUCAAAGGCUUCUAUGACCGCGUCGCCUCCCCUCUGCUAUCUGACAUCCGCUUCCACUACCAGGCCAGGCAAGCUGGGAGGGCCAAACCAGCAGGGAGCCACUUCCCCAACUACUUUCAGGGCUUGGAGCUGGUGGUGGUGGGCCAAUUAGGUCAGGGGGAGCCUGAGCUCCAGGUGCACUUGGAAGCCCGGGGCCCACACAACCACCUGCUCACAGCAUCUCGGAGUGAGGAGGCUGCCAGUGGCACAGAGCCAGCAUUUGGCUGCCUGUCCCACGGGGAGCUAAGCCCAGGCCAAGGCUUCCUCCAGCGCCUUUGGGCCUACUUGACCAUCCAGGGCUUGCUGGAAACUCGCCUUGGGGCCAAUGACUUAGCCACCCACAGCCUGCUGAUGGAAAAGGCCCUCAACCUCUCUCUGCAUUUCCAUUUUGUGACGCCCCUGACCUCACUGGUUGUGGUGAAGCCAGAGGAGGAAGCCGAAAAGGAGCAGGGCCCACCUCCAGCCCUGGCAGCCAUAGACCAGCCCACAGCUACCGGGAAGUCCCCAAGGCCUCCUAUCCUUACUGGCCCCACUGAGCCCCUGCUCCAUGGGGCAAAAUUCACUACCACUUCAUCUGGGCCUUCAUCUGCAGCCAAAAUGGGGAAUCCCAGGGUGAUCAAACAGAAUCUAACUCCACCUGUGCCCUGGGUGCACCCAGCUCAUGGGGAUGCAUUGCCUGUGAAACCCACAGCAUCUUCAUUCCCCACGACUGGCUCCUUGUCUCCUCCCAGACUCCCAGUUUCCCCCCAGACCUGGCUCCCCAGACCUAGUUCCUCCUCUCUCUCUAUCCUGAGCCCCCCACCUCCCUAUAACUUGAGCACACCUGAGAUCAUCAGUGUCCUUGUUCUCCCUAAGGAGCUAGGCCAACUUCUGGAAACUCUGCCAGAUUCUGGGUUCUCCGAGUCCUUGAAGCCUCCAACUAGCUACACCUUCCCCAGUAGCCACAGCCAAGGGAACAGACAUGGGAUUCAAGGUGAGCCUCAGAAAUCUUCAUCGGUUUUUACCUUCUCCUCUUCAGUGGAUGGGGAUCCACAUUUUGAGAUCCAGUUGCCAAACUCGGAGAGUAGAAUCUGUUUCACGGUGGAUGGAAGGGCAGGGGACACACUUCAGCUCAUCAGAGACCCUGAAGCAGGGCUGCUGGUCAGUGGCCACCUCCUAGGGGCACCUCCGAAGCCAGGUCAUGAGCAUCGGACCCACACCUACUUUGACAGGAUCAUGUUGGCUGUGAGGAGACUCCAGGACCCUUUCGUUAUCCAUGUGACCCCUCACCAGAUCAGCCUAAAGAUGGAGGGCAUGACAAAGAGACUCAGCUGGGACUGGCCUCUUCUCAUCCUGCAGCAUGGGCCUGGACUGGAGCUGAUUCUACAGCACAAGAGCACCUUCACCAUUCGUCUCAGUCUGCACCUUGAGUUCCUUAUCAGGAGGCACCAUGAUAGGCAUCCCACACCCCUGAGGCUCCCCCAUCUUGGUUUCUACAUGGUUAAUGGGCAUGGCCUGAGCCACUCUGCUCAGGGCCUCCUGGGACAAUUCCAGCACACGGAUCUCUUUGUGAAGCAAACGGUCAGGGGGGCUUGGCUAGAAAGGCCAAAUGGCCCCAACAUGCCUCUGGCCCCUGCUGUCCCAGGGAAGGAGUUGCUGUCUAGGGGCCCCUGCUGGAGGGUGAAGCAUCAGGACGUGGAGAAGCUGCUGGGUAGACCCUACACAGCCUUUGUCCUCUGA